AUGACACCCAACCUCUCCGCGUUUUGCUUAGGCACCGUAGCAACAGGAGAUCGCGUCGCAACAGUCCCGUGCAUUCUCGUUACCGCUGCCCAUUCGUCGCAACUGUGCAAGCCGCUGCCUCCCGUUCGCCCAUUUGAGACGCACGUUAUUUCCGUCGCGUUGUUGUUGCUGCUGUGCCGUAGUAGUAGCCUCCACCGAACAUCAUUAACGGGGCUAAACCCAAGCACAACUCCAACUACUACUAAAGACAUAGAAAAUGAAGCCAUGAGGGAGCUUAUUCAUCACUCUGAUGCUAACCGAGAUGGAAAAAUCUUUGCCUUUGAGCUCAUGUCCUAUUUUGGAUCCAUUGGAGACUACUUGUCUCCCGACGAAGCUCAAGGCCUCAUCCAAGACCUCGACUCCGAUGGCGACCAUUUGUUGGACUUUCAGGAUUUUAUGAAGCUCGUGACUAUCAACAACGAUGAUGAUCUCAAGAAAGCUUUUGAGAUGUUCGUGUGGGAGAAGGAGAACACGGAGGCUUCAUCGUCAUCGUCAGGCUAG